CUUCUCUGUCUAGAUAUGGCUUCCUCCAGCAGUCUCCAGUCUGAAGAGCAGUUCCUGUGCUCUAUCUGUCUGGAUGUGUUCACUGAGCCAGUCACCACUUCAUGUGGACACAACUUCUGCAUGGCCUGUAUCACAAAGUACUGGAAUAGCAAGGACCUGUAUCAAUGUCCACUGUGUCAGGAGAAAUUCUCCAGACGACCUAAGCUUCGUGUCAAUACAACGUUCAGAGAGGUUGUAGAGAAUUUUAAAAAGAUGAGAGACAGAGGUAGAGAUGGGUCCCCUCCUAAACCUAAAAUAGUGCCCUGUGACGUCUGCACUGGGACGAAGCGCAAGGCCCUAAAGUCCUGCCUGGUGUGUCAGACCUCUUACUGUGAGACUCACCUGGAGCCUCAUCAGAUAGCCCCACCCUUAAAGAGACACAAACUGAUCGACCCUGUGGUGAAUCUAGAAGACAGGAUGUGUAAGAAGCAUGACAGACUCCUGGAGAUGUUCUGUAGGACUGACCAGACGUGUGUGUGUCAGUUCUGCAUUGAGGCAGACCACAAGACUCAUGACACUGUCCCUAUAGAGGAAGAGUGUGGAGAGAGGAAGGCUCAACUGGGGAAAACUGAGGCAGAAGUGCAGCAGAUUAUCCAGGAGCGACUGAAGAAGGUUAAAAGGACCAAACUCUCAGUAGAUCUUAGAAAGAAAGAAGCAGAGAGAGAGAAAGCAGAGUGUGUGCAGGUCUUCACUGCUCUGGUGCGCUCCAUUAAGAAAAGCCAGGGUGAGCUUGUUAAGGUAAUUGAGGAGAAGCAGAAAGCAGUAGAGAGGCAGGCUGAAGGGCUCAUUAAAGAGCUGGAGCAGGAAAUCACUGAGCUAAAGAGGAGAAGGACUGAGCUGAAGCAGCUCUCAAACAGUGAGGACCACCUCCAACUUCUCCAGAGCUUCCUAUCCCUAGUGUGCAACCCUCCACCCACCAAGGACUGGUCUGAGAUCAGUGUUCACAGUGAUCUGUUUGUGGGGACUGUGAGGACAGCUGUGUCUCAGCUGGAGGAGACACUGAAUAAAGAGAUGGAGAAGCUGCCUGAUGUCAAACUGAAGAGGAUUCAGCAGUAUGCAGUGGAUGUGACUCUGGAUCCUGAUACAGCACAUCCCUGGCUCAUCCUGUCUGAAGAUGGGAAACAAGUAAGAUAUGGAGACACACCACAGAAUUUUCCUGACAAUACAAAAAGGUUUGAUCGUUUUGGCAUUGUCCUAGGAAAGAAUGGCUUCUCCUCAGGGAGAUUUUACUAUGAAGUGACGGUUAAGGGGAAGACUAGGUGGAAUUUGGGAGUGGCCAGAGAGUCCAUAGACAGGAAGGGUAAUAUCACAUUGAGCCCUGAGCAUGGACUCUGGACUUUGUACCUAAGGGACAUGAAUGUGUACCAAGCCUCUACCUCCCACGCUAUCCUCCUCUCCCUGAGAGAGAAGCCCCAGAAGGUGGGGAUGUUUGUGGACUAUGAGGAGGGUCAGGUCUCCUUUUAUGAUGUGGAGGCCAGGUCUCAUAUCUGCUCUUUCACUGGCUGCACCUUUACAGAGAAACUCUAUCCAUACUUAGGCCCCUCUGAUAACGAUGAUGGUCAAAACACAGCCCCUCUCAUCAUCUCUCCUGUCAAUCACACACACUGAUUAAACAAAUCAGUUACUUUUCCAAAUCCUUACAUGUAUCGAUAUCUUUCCAAAUUAGCAUACAGUUGAAGUCAUUAGUUUACAUACACCUUAGCCAAAUACAUUUAAACUCAGUUUUUCACAAUUCCUGACAUUUAAUCCUAGUACAAAUUCCCUGUUUUAGGUCAGUUAGGAUCACCAAAUGAAAAUGUCAACUGUUCUGUACA